UAUUUCUGUUUCUUUAUGGUCAACAUUUGUCUUUUAUUUUUCUUUUGUUUGAAGUUCACCCUUGAGAUAUAUGGCUUACUUGUUCUGACAUUAUUUCUCCUGUCAUUUUCUUUUUCCUUCCAUCAUUUCCAGUUUCUUUGCAUUUGGGUCCUGAGAGACUAUUUAAAGCAUGACAUGAGAAUACCGGAUGCCGUAGUGGACGCUGACUUGGAGAGAUUGGUUGAUGAUUUUGUCUUUAUGUGUUUGUUUGUUGGAAAUGAUUUUCUCCCCCACAUGCCGUCAUUGGAAAUAUCUGAGGGUGCAAUCGACCUACUCAUUACUGUUUACAAAAAGGAAUUCAACCAAAUGGGUGGUUAUUUGACCAAUUCCGCUGAGGUGGAUUUGAAACGUGUUGAGCAUUUUGUUCAUGUUCUUGGAUUGUAUGAAGAUGCCAUAUUUAGAAGGCGUAACCAGUUCCAGAAGAACAAUUUAAGCAAGGAUCAACUAUAUAGCAAGCAGGGGAGAGGCGGGUCUUCUUUUACCCGAGCAAAAGGAUCUAAAGAUUUCUGGUCAUCAUUUUCUGUCACUUCAACACCAAUGAGUGAAACUUCACAAACUUGUGGUGAAAACGCUGUUGAAAUGGAGCGACAGAGUGUUAUGUAUGGUUUGUGUACGGCGGUGUCAGUUGCUCCGGAAUUUGGAGGUGCAGAUGUUGACAAGGUGAAACUAGGGGAACCAGGAUGGAAGGAAAGGUAUUAUGCUGAGAAGUUUCCUGCUGUGACUGAAGAUGAACGCAAAGAACUCAUUAAAGAUGCUGUCUUGAAAUACACUGAAGGGAUCUGCUGGGUCAUGCACUACUACUACCAAGGAGUUUGCUCCUGGCAAUGGUAUUAUCCUUAUCAUUACGCUCCAUUUGCAUCUGACUUUCAUGGUCUGGAUCAAAUAGGAAUCCAGUUCACCUUGGGGGUACCGUUCAAGCCUUUUACUCAACUAAUGGGAGUCCUGCCAGCUGCAAGUGCACAUGCGCUUCCAAUAUCUUACCAGCAGCUGAUGGCAGAUCCAAUGUCGCCUAUUGCUGAUUUUUAUCCUAGUGAUUUUGAGGUGGAUAUGAAUGGAAAACGUUUUGCAUGGCAGGGUAUUCCCAAAUUGCCAUUUAUAGAGGAGUUUCGUCUUCUUGAAGAAAUUGCAAAGGUGGAGCACACCUUAAUGGAUGAAGAAAAACAGAGAAACAGUGUUGGCAUAGAGAUCCUAUUUGUGCACACUUCACAUCCUUUAGCAAUGGAGAUCCUUUCCUUAUACAGGCGAGAUCUGAAUUAUCCUAGGUUGCCAGAAGCAAGUGUAAAGGAGAAAAUUGAUUUUAAGAUAAGUGAUGGAAUGAAUGGAUAUGUGUACAUUUCCGAUAAAGUCGUUUGCCCUCCUUUAAUUGCUGCACCUGUUGAAGGGAUGGAGAACAUAGCUGGGAGUCAAGUUAUAUCUGUAUUCUAUGAACUCCCGUGUGUGCAUGCGCAUGUACCUAGACUACCUGAAGGAGUUAUCAUUCCUAAAAAGUUGGUUACCAAGCGAGACUUGACUCUGGCACGGGUAUUGUGGCAUGAGGACUCUGCUCUUCAUGGCCGUGUUACUUUGAAAAGACCUGUUCCAAAUUCUGUGUCAGGUGCUUAUUUGGGAAGAUUGGCUCAUCAACUUGUGAAGAAGUUUUACAAGCACCAGGAGAGAGAGUCUGUAACCCCCGCAAACCUCAAGUUUGCCUUCUCUAAUGUUUUUGGUGGGCUGUCCAAAGAGAUGUGCACCAAUGGCAUAAAUAAUAAUAAUAACACAUGUGGCAAUAAGAGGACAGAAAGGGAAUGUCACAGCAAGGAUGAAACAGAAGCCAAGGGUGUUGCACCGUUAAAAAGAACAAGUAAAGAGGUGGAAGGCACACAUAAAGGAAGCGAAUAUGAUGGUGAAAUUAAAAUGGAAACCGAAAGCCUCCCAUGUGGAGAAAAGACGAGGGAGCAGGCAAAUGGCAUGAGCAAAGGAAGCGAAUAUCCUGACAAUGGCCAAAUGAAUGGCAAGAGAAGAAGAGCAUGGAAACAGUUGGAUAGUGCGGGGAAAGAAGGGGAAUGUAACUGCUCAGGCAGAACAGAAGUUAGAAAAAGGGAAGAGGCAAACCACAUGAGAGAAAUGGAAUAUCGUGACAACGGAGAAAUGAAAGCUGAAAGUCUCCCAUGUGGUGAAAAGGCAACGGAGCAGACGAACAGUAUGAGGAAAGGAAGCGGAGAGCACAGCAGCAGUGAAAUGAAAGCCAAGAGAAGAAGAAAAAGAGCAAGGAAACAGGCGGAUGGCCCGAGGAAAAAUGGGGAGUGUAAAGGCAUUAGUGAAACAGAAGCUAGUACUAGGGAAGAGGCAGAUGGCUUGAGGAAAGAAAAGGAGUAUCACGACAACUUAGAGAGGAACACCGAAAGUCAACCCUGUAGUGAAAAGACAUGGGAACACGUGGAUGGUAUGGGGAAAGAAAGUGAAUAUCACAGCAAGAACGAAAUGAAAGCCAAGAGUAGAAGAAAAAGAGUGAUGAAAGAGGCAGAUGGCAAGAAGGAUGAGGAUUGUAAUGGCAACAGUGAAACAGAAGCUAGAGCAAGGGAGGAGGCAAACGACGUGAGGAAAGAAACUGAAUAUUACAAAAAUGGAGAACUGAAAACUGCAAGUUUGCCAUGUGGAGAGGAGGCAAGGGAACUGGAGGAAAGUAUGAGGAAAGGAAGGGAAUAUCAUCGAAACAGCAAAGCGGAAGCCAAGAGAAGACGUGCAAGGAAACCAUCAGAUGGUGUGCGGAAAGAAGCGGGGUGUAAGGGCAACAGUGAAGCGGAAUCCGUGAGAAAAAGAGCAUGGGAAGAGGCAGACGAAAAAGAAAAGGAACAUCAUUGGAAUGGUUAAACAAAGGCCAAAAGUCUGCCAUGUGGAGAGAAGGCAAGGGAGCAGGAGGAUGCGAUGAGGAAAGGAAGUAAAUAUCAUGGCAAUGGUGAAUUGAAAGCCAAGAAGAGAAGAAAAGCAAGGAAUCAGGUUGACGGCACUAAUAAAGAAGGGGGACGCAAAGUCAACAAUGAGAUGAAGCCCUAGAGAAAUAGGGUAAGAGGAGACAAAUUACAAAAGCAAGGGAAUAUCACAGCAAUGGUAAUAUGAAAGCCGAAAGUUGCCCAUCUGGAGACAAGGCAAUGGACGAGGUGGGGAGAGUCCUUAGUAGCUGGUGGGUAACAUGCUCAUUUGACUGGGAACCUUCGAUGCCCUUGGUGCAUUUGCAGGUGAUGAUGGUAGGCCGCAACACAUACCGUCUGUCCAUGGCAUGCAUAUCAUCCAAUUUUCCAUGUUAGAAGUUCUCCCAUUUUUUUUGUGUUUUUUUUUUGGGGCGGCUUUGCAUUCAAUUGAUAAUUUUGGGAUUGGGAAAAUGGCUAUUGUAUUUACUUAUUCUAAUUUCUUAGUGUGGAUCACAUAUUCUGCUGAGCAGUAGGAAAUCAUCUGGUAUGCCCUGAUUUAGCUCUCUCGUUGUGUUGAGAUAUUCAUCUUUCAAAGGAACUUUAUUGUUGGUGAA